AGAGCAAGCGAGCGAACGAGCCGAGGAGGCAGCGAGAGCCGGAGCGGCGGGCCGGGCGGCCGCGCCGGCGAGCGGACAAACGGGCGGCGAGCAGUGCUUAGCGCGCUGGGCACCAAGGAGCGGGCGCAGCAGGCGCAGCGCACGUUGGCCCGAGCGGAGAGGCCCUAGUGGCGCCGCCCCCGCCACCCCUGCGGGGCUCCAGCCGGGAGCCCAACGAGGGAGGGGGCGGCAUGGACCCGCGGCCUGGGGCGCGGGGGCGCUAGGCCCCCGGACGGGUAACACCCGACUCGCCGCCGGGCUGCCCUCCGCAGUCGCGCGCCCCACCCGCUCCAGCCGCCCCCCGGGCCGCCGCCGGCCCAUGAGCCCCGACCUCAAAGUUUGCGGCGGGCGGGCGGGCGCGGAGCCUCCAAGAUGCCGUUCCACCCGGUGACGGCGGCGUUGAUGUACCGGGGCAUCUACACCGUGCCCAACCUGCUGUCGGAGCAGCGCCCGGUGGACAUCCCUGAGGAUGAACUGGAGGAGAUCCGAGAGGCCUUCAAAGUCUUUGACCGCGAUGGCAAUGGCUUCAUCUCCAAGCAGGAGCUGGGUACGGCCAUGCGCUCCCUGGGCUACAUGCCCAAUGAGGUGGAGCUGGAAGUUAUCAUCCAGCGGCUAGACAUGGACGGUGAUGGCCAAGUGGACUUUGAGGAGUUUGUCACCCUCCUGGGACCCAAGCUCUCCACCUCGGGGAUCCCAGAGAGGUUCCAUGGCACCGACUUUGACACUGUCUUCUGGAAGUGCGACAUGCAGAAGCUGACGGUGGAUGAGCUGAAGCGGCUGCUCUACGACACCUUCUGCGAUCACCUGUCCAUGAAGGACAUCGAGAACAUUAUCAUGACCGAGGAGGAGAGCCACCUGGGCACGGCUGAGGAGUGUCCCGUGGACGUGGAGACCUGUUCCAACCAGCAGAUCCGCCAGACGUGCGUGCGCAAGAGUCUGAUUUGCGCCUUCGCCAUCGCCUUCAUCAUUAGCGUCAUGCUUAUCGCAGCCAACCAGGUGCUGCGCAGCGGCAUGAAAUAGGCGCCACCUGGGCACUUCCUCAGGUGCCCACGGUGCGGGGGGGCUCCCCUCCACACCCACCACCGCCUGCAGUCCUCUCCCUCAGCUGGCUGCCUAGGCCGUCACCACCACGUGUACUUCAGGGCCUGGACGUCCAGCGGCCCCACCCCACCUGCCCCAGCGGCCUUGCAUGGAGCUGUGGCCCAGCUAUGGAGGGCCUCGUGGUGGCUCUGACAGCCCCAGCCCCACCUGCACCCUGCCCGUGCCCCACCCUGGCCUGUACGUAGCACUAACUCUUCCCACUGUCUGGGGGCUCCUGGGAAAUUAAGGAGGAAUUUGUACAGGGCCCUGUAGCUACUGUGAUUCCUUAGGCAGGAAGGGGCACCCUGUGCCCAGAACCACACAGCCAGCCCGACCCUGUUCCUUGAGGUUUGGGCUGUGGGCAGAGUGAUGGAGGUGGGACAGAAAGCCUCUUCCUGGAGGGGGCAUGAGGCUGGGGUCCCCUGGGCCCUACCCUCUGGCAUGGCCUGAGAAGGCCCCUGGCCUUCUGCUGGGUCCCAUCCUCUGACCCUCCUUAGAGUCAAAUCCAGCCCUCCUCUAUACUUCCGCUAGGGCCAGAGAACCAGCCCAUUUCCCAGAUGAGGCGCCUGAGGCUCAAAGGGCCCCCAGAUUUGGCCUCAGUUCCUCCAUUAUAGGAUCUUCAGGGAGGGCAGAAGCUCAUGGUGGAUAGGGCCACUGAGGUGGCCCUGCAGUCCCCGCACCCUCUGGGCCCCUCCCCACCAGAAGUCCAGUGGCCUGAGGGCCACACCACCCCCUACCACCCCGGCACAGAAUCUAGAGCUGGAGUACAGUUGAAGGAUGCAAAGCUGGGGCCUGGAGACGCCAACUCUCCUGAGCAGCCUAUUUGAUCUUCCCACUGGCCAGGGGCUUCCUCCAGGGCAAAAGCCUGGAAGCUCGUGUUGGUCCCAGGAAGCUCAGCCAGGCCACUCGCCAAGCCCAGGGCCUGUCCUCCUGGGUGUCC